AUGUCAGCACCUGGGAAGUUUGAUUAUUCGUCCGGUGCGCUAGACAGGCCUCUAUACAGAUCCAACUUUGCUGCACAGAUGGAAAGAUCAAGUAGCUUUCGUGAGUCCAUGGAACAUCCUGUCCCAUCUCAUCCAAACAUGUUGAGGGGCACUUCACCACUGGCACAAACCGAUGUAACAAAUUUCUUCCAGUGUUUGCGUUUUGAUCCAAAAGUGGUUGCCGCGGAUCACAGGUCUAUUCGUCAAGGUGACUUUAAGCGGCAUGUGAAUAUUGCUCUUGGAAUACAAGGAGAUGAGUCUCCUAGUGUAGCAUUGAAAGGGAAGUUAACUACAUCUCCUAUACCUGAAGAGAUCAAAAGACUAAAAGCUGGCCUGCGCGAAAACAAUGUGAAGGCCAGGGAGCGUGUAAAAAUUUUCAACGAAGCUUCUUCUGUAUUUAACAAGUUUUUCCCAAGUGUGCCUACAAAGAAGAGGUCUCGACCAGAAGGGUUUUCUGGUGAUCGCUUGGCGUCAGGACCAGGCCCAGGUAAAAUGGGAAUUCAAGGUCAGACCCUGGCUGGUGGUUUCGAGCUUGACCAGCAAAAGUUGGAUGAACGACCUAAAAGUGGUGUUCCAAAUAAGCGAACACGUACUUCCAUGAUGGAUGUUCGAAGCAACUCUAUUGUUCGACAAUCAGCUGCUGCAGACAGAGAUAAAGAAGUGAUACGGAUGGCAAAUCAUGGUGCAGUUCAGGGUGAAGAUCGAACUUCAAUUGGUAUUGAUGGUUGGGAAAAGUCAAAGAUGAAGAAAAGACGCUCCUGUAUUAAAACAGACUGUCAUCCUAACCUGGCUUCAAGUAAAUUGGUUGAUGGUUAUCGAGACUUGAAGCAGGGCACACAACAGAAGCCAAUGAGUGACUCCCGCUCGAGAUUGAAUGGUGACUCGAACAUGUUAAGGCAAGCGGCUGGUAAUGGAGCUACUGGUUAUGGUAGACCUGAUAACCUCUCUCAGCAGACGAGCUUGGCUGGGCAUUCCCCAUUGCCAAGGGUCGAUUCGGAUCAUAAUUCUUUGUACAUUGAGAAGAGAGAACGCUCCAUUGGCUCAGAUAAGGAAAGGGUGAAUCUCAGGGCUGUCAACAAGUCUAAUAUUCACGAUGAAUUCAAUUCUUCAAGUCUGGUUUCAAACACAAAAACAAAUGGUUCAGUUCGCGGGCCUAGAUCGGGAUCAGGGCUACCUCCGAAUCUGUCUCCAGGACUCCAUAACACUCCAUCCCCGAGUGACUGGGAUAUCUCUGGCUGUACAAAUAAGCCUCCACUAUUGUCUGGGGUUACUCAUCGCAAGCGUAUGACAUCAAAUCGGUCUUCGUCACCACCUGUUACUCAAUGGGCCAGUCAAAGACCACAAAAGAUAUCCCGUAUAAGAAGGACGAAUUUAGUCCCAAUUGUUUCUGAUAGGGACUCAGAUAAUAUAUCAGAUGAAAGUGGGUUUGGAUGUCAUAAACGCUCGACAGCUGCGUCUCCUCAAUUGAAACUAAAAGGUGAAAGCAGCUUCUCAGCAGCAGCUUUAUCAGAAAGCGAAGAAUCUGGCCCCCCUGAGAUCAAGUCUAAAGACAAGGGGAAACAGUCUGAUGAGGUUGAUGGGAAAGCUGCACAGAAUAUUCCUAAAGUGUCCAUCCCUUCUUUACAAUCAAGAAAAAGCAGCAAGCCUGCUUCUGGUGAAGAGAUUGGGGAUGGUGUGAGAAGACAAGGAAGAACGGGGCGUGGCUUUUCUUCUACAAGGUCCCUCAACCCAAUGGGAGUAGAGAAACUUAAGAAUGCUGGCACAGCAAAACAGCUUCGCGGUGCAAGACCUGUUUUUGACAAGAGCGAAAGUUCUGUUUCCUCAUUCACUUUUUAUGUUGUGUAUCCAAUUUUUGUUUCUGGAUUUAAUUAUCUGCUUACUGGUGCAGCUCAGAAUUUCCCCAACUCUUUCUGGAAGCAAAUGGACCGCUACCUUUGCUUUAUAUCUGAUGAUCAUAUCAGUUUCAUGAAACACGAGGGAGAACUCUCCUCCAUGGGUCCUUCAUCCGUGCUGACAUCCUCUGACUUUGAUAGGCGUGAUUUAUUUCCCGAGGAACUUGCAACUAGCAGGGUGGAUUCCAAGGCUUCUCCACUUUACCAGAGGUUGCUAUCAGCUUUGAUUUCUGAGGACUCGAUGAGUGUAAAUGGAGAUUUGCAGUCAGAUGGAUUUGGGGCCAUGCAUGAUCUUGACGAUGACCCAGAAUUGGGUGUUCUGAAUAAUAUGGUGGAGUUCAAUGGGUUUAGAAACAAUGAAUGGCUGGAACUUGAUGAAUCAGAAGAUGAUGGGUCAGCAAUUCUGUUCAAGGGUGUUAAGUCAGCCCACCAAUGCAAUGGCAAAUUUUCAAAUCACUCAUCCAAUCACUUCUUAGACAUUCAGUAUGAUAAAUUGGGGAUAGAUGAAAAGAUUUAUCUGGAAGCUCAGUCUAUUGGAAUAUCCUUAGAGCCAAUGCCUAGUAUCUCAAGCGUGGAGGAUGAAGGAAUUGUUGACGAAAUUAAAAAGUUGGAGGAGGCCAUCUGCAAGGAGACUUCCAAGAAGAAAGAGAUGGUGGAUAGGCUGCUAAAGCCUGCCAUAGAGAUGAAAGAAAAUCAGGAGAAGGAGUUUGAUCAGCUUGGCUAUGAUAAACUCAUCGAAAUGGCAUAUGAGAAAAGCAAGGCAAGUAGGCGUCAUCACACUGCUGGUGGAAAGAAUUCUACUAACAAGAUAUCAAAGCAGGCUGCAUUGGCUUUUGUUAAAAGGACACUUGAGCGAUGCCAUCAAUUCGAAGAGACGGGCAUAAGCUGCUUCAGUGAGCCUGAAAUCAAGGAUAUGUUCAUUGCCAGGUUGACAACAGCCGAAGAUACUCUUGCGGACAAGGAGUAUAAUCCGUCGACUUCAACACCCAUUGGCUCACAGCCAAGCUCUUCGUUAGCACGCAUUGAGCAGAACUUGGAGAACUAUGCCAAUGGUUCUGAUGCUCUACCAUCUGAAAAUGCUUUACUAGAGCAAACGACAGGGAGAGAAGAUACAGGAUGGUCCAAUAGGGUCAAGAAGAGAGAGUUGCUGCUUGAUGAUGUUGGUAUUGGGACACAACUCUCAAGUAGUACAAAGGGAAAGAGAAGUGAGAGGGACAGAGAUGGGAAAGGGCAGGCUUCAUCUAGAAGCGGAACCAACAAGAUCGGCCGGCCUUCCCUGUCCAAUGCCAAGGGUGAAAGAAAACCGAAAGCAAAACCGAAGCAGAAAGCAAAUCAGAUAUCUUCGUCUGUUAGGAUCCCGGAGCAACCCAGAGCAUCAUUACCCAAACCGAAUGAAGCAAACAACGAGUAUGGUAACUUGGAGGCACUGGAGGAGACAGAGCCGAUUCUCGACUUAUCUCAGCUGCAAAUACCAGAUGGCUUAGGAGGUCCAGAUGAUUUUGAUGCGCAACCAGGUGAUAUUAGCUCAUGGUUUAACUUGGAUGACGAAGAAGAUUUCGACAUCCUGGAGCUUGGAAUACCAAUGGAUGAUCUCUCAGGGCUGAACAUAAAGUUAUGA